UCAGUUGUGUUUUCGUAUUUGUUACAGUUAAAACGGUUCAAAGGUGCGGAAUAAAUUGGCUUUAAGUAAAACAAAAAAUAGUUAAAAUAAAAAUUUCUUAUACACAGAGUAGCAGAGUUUUUUUGUUUAUUUAACAUAAAGUGUACUGGAAACGUGCAAGAGUUGUUGUAUAAAUUUGAAAAAUGUCACUUUUGACUGGUAGUGCGAAUACUAUCAAAUAUGUGCUCUUCGCAUUCAAUUUGAUAUUUUUGAUUACUGGCAUCAUAUUGAUUGCUGUCGGUGUGGGCGUAGCCUCCGUAUUCUAUAGCUAUGAAGUACUGCUUGCGAGCAAUUUCUUUUCGAUACCAACAUUCCUGAUUGUAAUUGGUGUUUUCAUCAUAUUCAUCUCGUUCUUCGGUUGCUGGGGCGCACUGAGGGAAAACUAUUGCCUCACACUCAUCUUCGCCAUUCUACUCGGUUUGAUCUUCAUACUCGAGCUGGCAGCUGGUAUAAGUGGUUAUGUUCUGCGUUCGGAUGCUGAGCAGUUACUUGAAAGCAGUUUGAAAGGUUCACUUACGUUGUACCAAAAGAACCAACCUACAGAUUCAUAUACGCAUAUUUGGGAUUAUGUGCAAUCUACUUUCGACUGUUGUGGCGUAAAUAGCUACAAAGAUUGGACACAAUUCAAUGGCAGUUUGCCCUUAUCCUGCUGCACCAUACCAUAUGGUGUGGUGGGUUCAUACGAGUGUGGCACCACUAACGAAACCACCGAACGUCACACAAAUGGUUGUUUGCUUAAAUUUUCGACUUUUAUUGAAGCGCAUGCAGUUAGUUUGGGCGCUUGCGGCAUUGUACUCGCUGUCAUACAGUUCUUCGGCGUCUUGUUUGCCUGUUAUAUUGCGCGUGAGAUAAAAAUUCGUAAUGGCAUUAGUGGUUUUAUGGGAUAAGCAAGUUUUGUGAGCUACACACACACACAUACACAGACACACACACACAUACCUAAAAAAAA